GGAGAGUGCGGAACUGAAGCAAAUGGUGAUGAGCUUGCGCGUCUCGGAGCUGCAGGUGCUUCUGGGAUACGCGGGGCGGAACAAGCACGGCCGCAAGCACGAGCUGCUGACCAAGGCGCUGCACCUGCUGAAGGCCGGCGUGAGCCCCGCCAUCCAGCUCAAGAUCAAGGAGCUGUACCGCCGCCGCUUCCCCUCCAAGCUGGUGUCGCCCGUGGACCUGGCGCUGCCCGCCGUCCACCUCGCCUCCCCCGGCGCCACGGCGGCGUCCAGCCCGGCGGCCGCGCCCGGCUCCCUGCCGCCCGGCCUGGCGCAGCUGGGCUUCGACGGGCACGGCGCCCCCUCGCCCCUGCUGCCCGUCUCCCUGCUGGGCACCAAGCACGAGCUGGGCGGCCUGCCCCACCUGCCCCCCGCCAUGCACCCGCUUCACCCCGACGUCAAGAUGCAGAGGCUGCCCUUCUACGACCUGCUGGACGAGCUCAUCAAGCCCACCAGCCUGGCCACAGACAGUAACCAGCGUUUUCAGGAGACGUGUUUCGCCUUCGCUUUGACUCCACAGCAAGUCCAACAGAUCAGCAGCUCAAUGGACAUCUCGGGGACCAAGUGUGACUUCUCAGUUCAGGUUCAGUUAAGGUUUUGUCUGUCAGAGACGAGUUGCCCUCAGGAAGAUCACUUCCCUCCCAACCUCUGCGUCAAAGUGAACGGCAAGCCAUGCAACCUUCCGGGCUACCUUCCCCCCACCAAAAACGGUGUGGAACCAAAGCGGCCGAGCCGGCCGAUCAACAUCACCUCGCUGGUGCGCCUCUCCACCACAGUCCCCAACACCAUCAUCGUGUCGUGGACGUCAGAGAUCGGACGGAGUUACUCCAUGGCGGUGUAUCUCGUGCGACAGCAGUCAUCUUCAGUUUUGCUCCAGAGACUGCGCUCCAAAGGCAUCCGAAACCCAGACCACUCCAGAGCACUCAUCAAAGAGAAGUUGACAGCUGACCCGGACAGUGAAAUUGCCACCACCAGUCUGCGAGUGUCCUUACUGUGUCCGCUGGGGAAGAUGCGUCUGACCAUUCCGUGCCGGGCGCUCACCUGCUCGCACCUGCAGUGCUUCGACGCCACUCUCUACCUCCAGAUGAACGAGAAGAAGCCCACAUGGGUGUGUCCUGUCUGUGACAAGAAGGCCCCCUACGACCACCUCAUCAUCGAUGGGCUAUUUAUGGAGAUUCUGAGCAGUUGCGUGGACUGCGAUGAGAUCCAGUUUAAGGAGGACGGCAACUGGUCCCCCAUGAGAUCUAAGAGGAUUGUGCAAGAAGUGUCGGCCUCUUCCAACGGCCUGGAGGACUCAUGUCGGUCGGUAUCGGAACAUCGGAACAGUUCCUCGCACGACAGCAAAAAGGUGGAGAUCAUCGACCUCACACUGGACAGUUCCUCAGAUGACGACACAGACGACGAGCCCCCACCCAAGCGGACGUGUCCGUCCCUGUCGCCCACUUCACCACCAAUCAGCAAAGGAGUGUUGAAUCUGCACCACCAGUCGUCUCCGGUGACGCGCGCUCCCAGCAUGCCCUCCAUGGAGACGAGCUACAUCCCCCCGCCCCCUCCCCUCAUACAGGACUACCGCCACUUCUACCCUGCACACAGCGACCUGGAUCUGAACUUCUUUCACUCCUUCUUACAGAAUGACAAUCAGCAUUAUAACAUGGUGAUGGCGGCCGCAGCUGCCGCCUCGGCCUCGGCCACGUCUCCAGAGGAGCACGAGCUGCUCAUGAACCGCUUCCUGCCCUACACCUCCUCGCAGCUGUUCCUGGACCAGUCGGGCGCGGUGGGCGCGGGCGGCGGGGCGAGCCUCGGGGUGGCCGUCACCAACGGGAGCAGCACGAGCAGCAGCAGCAGCAGCAGCCUGGUGUCGCCCGGCGGCCUGAGGGAGAGCAGCGGCCACAGCCACAGCGCGUCGGCGUCGGCCAUCGCCCGGGCCAACUCGGACGCGGCAGCGGCGGUAAUCUAUGGCGCCAUCCCAGAUGUCAUCUCACUGGACUGACCCCCCCCCCCCCCCCAACACCAUACACAGACCCCCCUCCCCACCCCCCCCCACCCCCCACAUAGACUAGCCUGCAGUGGACAGAGGAAAGCACUGAGAGCGAGAGUGUGUGUGUGUGUGUGUGCGCGCGUGUCCGUGUGUGUGUGAGUGUGUGGUGAACCUUGGACAAGAAGUCUUUUUUUUUUUUCAACAGAGGACUAAAAGGUUAGGAAGUUGAAAAGAGAGCAAAGGAGACUGGAGAGCAACUAAACGCCAUUUUGUAUACAAGAAGAAGUGGAGAAACAGGAGAGACAAAAAGGAGGAAAAAAACAAUACUGUGUACAGAGAAGAGAAAUAUAUUUUCAGUUUUACUUUUGUACAUAUAUAUAUAUGAAUAUAUAUAUAUAAAAAUAUGAUUAUAUAUUAAGAUAAAAUCACAGAAAAACGUAGGACACUGUCCUAUCCAGAGGGCAACUUAAUUUACACUUUCCCCCCUGGAUGGUGAAGAUGUUUGUUUUUUCUUCACAGAUCGAUGUGUUGUCCCUUUAUUAUAUAUACCUUUUAUACUUCUUUUUUCUUUGUUUUUGGUACUCUAUUCCACCAGAAUCACUUCACAAUCAUGCAUUGCACCAUAACUUUUCUUCUUGUGUGUCUGUUUUAAACCAUCAUAAGACUCUGAAUCAGCCGAGGGGGGGUUUGAGGAGAGGGAAGGACGGGGUCAGUAGAUAUAUUUAAAGUUGAUUUUCUGUGCUGAUUAUUUAUGAUGCUUUUUUAAAGAUGUGUCGAGAUGUAUGCUGUGCAAGAGCAUUCCUGACUGUUUGCCAUUGCAGGCUCUAGCCUUUUAGAAAUCCACAUUUCUAUUGCUUUCUCUCUUGCCCCCAACUCCAAAGAAUUUCUUCUCUGUCCUGAAAAAAAAAACAGGACUUUUUUUUUUUUUUCAAUAUUGAUUUGAUGAAGUAAUUAAAUUUUAGGUCAUAUCAUGGAUUAACAUUAUGAUUCCCUGGCUACCACCCAUCUGCAGAGCUCACCCAAACUGAUUGCAUAUAGAUAACCAAAUCAAUCCGAAGCGAUAUUUGUUUUGCCCUGAUAUAAGAAUCAAUAUCCCUGGUGGGAGGUAGAGUCGGUGCCAGGCCACACACUGGAGGACAUUCUGUUGUGCGAAUGAGAGGAGAGUUCAUCAUACUGUUUUGUGUGCGAGUAGUCGAGUACUCCCUGUGGCCCACGGCCCGCAGAGGGAGGAUGGAAAUGAUGGCUCACUGGUGUGAAUACAUCCAGGCUUGUUCUCCCAAUUACUUACGCCCAAAUCUCAGAGGAGACAUCACUGCUCCGGUCAGCGCCUUCGCCUGACCAAAAGUGUUCUGGACGAUUAGACCCAUCACAGACACCUCCCCAGGAGACCAGAUGAGACGCCCCUUGACUCUUCCCUCACUGCGGGAUUUAUUGGAAGAUUGAAUGUGUUUUAUUUUAUUUUUUUAUUUUUUUUUAGACCCUCACUUGUGUGCUUCAAUGCAAGUCUGACACUUGCUGAAUACCUUCAGGAUUUACCAUGGUGAGCUGCUCUCAAAGCAAUUCAAAAUUCAAGCCACUCCAGCCACAUCCUGACUCACAUCAUUGUGUGUGUGUGUGUGUGUGUGUGUGUGUGUGUGUGUGUGUGUGUGUGUGUGUGUGUGUGUGUGUGUGUGUGUGUGUGUGUGUGUGUGUGUGUGUGUGUGUGUGUGUGUGUGUGUGUGUGUGUGUGUGUGUGUGUGUGUGUGUGUGUGUGUGUGUGUGUGUGUGUCCUGUCAAGUUCAUUGGGUUACUCAUAUUUUCUAGAGAGGGAAACGGUGUGUGCUGUUCUCUUCAUAUCUUUCACAGAGUACCCUCUUCUACAGCGCUGUUUAUUUUAUCAUGUGGCAAUAUGAGAUCAGAUCCUCAGGGUUGCUCGACACAGCCCUGGUGCAGCCCCAGUGUGUUUCUUCAAAAUGAAGUUACAGCUUCAGUAGAUUUGCGGGUUCUUUCUUCUUCUUGUUAUUGUUAUUAUUAUUAUUAUUAUUAUUAUUAUUAUUAUUAUAUUACUUUUCUUGUGUACAAAAUGUAAUUUAAUUUAUUUUAUCGACAUAUUUUUACAUUUUGUUUGACAAGUAUGUGUUGCUGUUACCGUACGUGUCAUUUCUUCCGUAAUUAUAUGAUUAUUUAAAGAGCCCUACUGCUUUGUAUUGUAUUUUAUUAUUUUAUUUUAUUUUUCGUCUCAGCUUGAUCCUGGUCUGUCAGAAGUUCAGACAUCCCUUCCAUUUCCGCUGUCUACCAUGCUGUUACAGAUUUGAUUCUGUGUUGAAAAUUAAAACACAUAAAAAAACAUUG